UUUCACCGUUCUCCCUCGAAUCUCGUCGUCGACUCCUCCCUCGAAGCUCGUCGUCCCACGAAUCUCGUCGUCGACUCCUCCCUCGAAGCUCGUCGUCGAGUCCUCCUCAAAGCUCGUUGUCCCUUGAAGUUCGUCGUCCCUCGAAGAUCGUCGUUUACUCCCUCGACUGUAUUCCCUCCUUCAGAGAUAAUUUACAAUAGAGAUUUCUAUUAUGACUACUUUGUUUUCAAAGUUCUCGAAAGGUCUUGUCUCCUAAAAGUUGAUGGUGUAGUUGUUGAAAGGCCUCAACACAUGUUGAUGAGAGCUUCAAUUGGAACUCAUAAGUCUGAUAUCGUGUCAGUGAUUAGAACAUAUCAGUUAAUGUCAGAAAGAUCAUAUACCCUCGUAAACAAUGUUCUAUUUUGUGCUGGAACAGAUUGGGCGCAGUUCAGCAACUGUUACAUUUUCUGUCUGGAAGGUGAUACCGUUGAGGGUAUAUAUGACGCAUUCAAGCAGUGUGAUCAUGUAAUCAAAUCUGCUAGAGGAAUUGAUGAUACUGUUCAAAAGAUUGGAUCAUUGAGUCGGACACAUGGAAUGUCCAAUGGUAUAAUUCCAAUGCUAAGGCUAUACACUGACCCAGCUCAUUAUGUUGAUCCAGAGGAAGUCGAGAGGAAGGUUGCAGUUUCUCUGGAGCCUUGGCACUCAAAUAUAUUAGAGUUUCUUGAUCUGGAAGAUAACUGUUUGAAGGCCCGCGUUCUGAAUAGGAACAUCUUUGAAGUGUUGUCUAAGGCCCGCGUUCUGAAAAAGCCCUAGUGACAUUGUUGAAGUCUAGGGCUUUUUCUGGAGAAUUUAGAGAGAGAGAGAGGUCAGAUCCAAAGAGAGAGAGAGCAAUAGUAGCGGUGGUGUGCGAGGAGUGCGGCAACGCUGACGGUGGUGCUCGAGGGAUGACUGCGUUGUUGAAAGGUCUGUGAGAGCAUCGGUGGCGGUGGGCUCGGUGUUGAUGCGCGUGAAGAGAGAGAGAGUGUGUGUGUGAGGGGCUGCACAAAAACAGCUCUGAUUAAGCAUUUGUACCGGAAUGGUCUGAUUUCUAAGGAUGCCUAUCGAAUGGUCACUUCGGUAACACUCCUUGAAAUCUUAUCUUCUGAUCACAUUUUCCCAUCAUAACUGCAUAUCCAGUAAGUAAACAAUGUUUAGAGGACCACCCAAGACAUCUCAUAUAAAAAUAGAAUGCAUUACAGUAGGAAAUGUAGAAUAUCACGCAACAAAACAUAUUUGAUGAUAGUAGAAAGAAUGACGUUCAGAGGCGCAUCCUAUAUGUGAGAAGGGCAGUUAAUCAUUUAUUUUGUGUCGAUAACAACUUAAAAUAUAUAAUGAUGAGGAGAAAUGCGUACUGAUGUCCUGUAAAUGAAGGCUCAAGUGAGAGCCAUGCAUUUUUUAUGUAAAUAUGAGAUAUACAGUAACAUAGGCCCUGAAAAGUGGACGGUAAUAAAUGAAUUCUUAGUUGAUGAUUGAUGUGCAAGGGUUCUUCCUGUGUAUGUCACAUCUCCAGAAGUAGAAUGGUGAUGGAGAUUCUGGUCUAAUCUCAGCAGAAAGUAGGUAUCCUUUGAGGCCCUAAACAUGCUUCACCGACUUGUGGCCAGUAAAGGGAUGCAAAGUAAAUUAGUAAGAACUCAUUUAAGGAAUUCGAUCAUGUAAUGGCUUCGUAUGGGUGUAGUACAUGUGCUGGGGUUUUGUACAAGUUUUCAGGCUUCAACAGUCUGCUCUAGGCACAAAACAAUAGUUGUUUCAACUCAAACAAGUAUUUACAACUAUAGGAGCCUGGAACUAUGUGAAACGUGGUUGGUUGAAAAAUGACCUGAACCUAGACUCCUGACUGAAUCCCAUAUCAGUAAUCCAUCAAAAGAAGAUCAUAACUGGAUGUCAAUGUAGGCAUAAUCUGAAAACAAAUAUGAUAUGACAAAUCUGAAAAGAUGUGAAUAUAUGCUGCACUCCUGUGUCUAACUACGUUUGCGGGAAAAAAAACUACACACGAUCAUAUCCUGCGAAUUCAUAACGACUCCAGCAAUGUUUUUCCGAAAACUAUCUUAAUUGUGAUAUAAGCUCUAGAAAGUAUGACAAUGAAAAGAAAAGGAACUUAUUAUUAAGAUUUUCAUAACUAAACAUGGUCAGAAGCUGAUCUUUAACAGGCUGUUUAAAUAGUAAUCCAAAUUGAUCAACUUUAAUAAUUUAUCUUCAUUAUGCAAUCUAAUAAAUCAUAGCUGGUAAUGAGCCAAAACAUAAAGGCAAUAGCAAGAAAGAUACCUAUCACAAAAUUACCUUGGAACACACACAAUUGCAUACGAUUUUGAGAUUUAAAUUGCCUUGACCUGUAACAUAAUGUAACCAUUAUCAUACUCAUCUUUUACCACAAUAAUCUGGUUCUACCCACAAACUCAUGAACAAAAAUGUUUACAACCAGUCAUCAACGAGAUUUUUAUUAGCAAGGGAGGACCUCCUGUAAACUAUCAAGGCAAAAUGCCAGGAAACUGAACCCACCUAUUAUGGACAGUGAAUUCUUGGAGCAACUAUUUAGUAUCCCUACAUUAAACAGAAGCAAUAUGAAGCAACAACGUCAAACUUUCUAUUAAUCUCUUGAAGAAAAACUGAGGCUUCCACUAGUUAUUCAUAAAAGCGAGGUAUAAACCAAAAAGAUCUCAUAUAAACACAAAAUGUCACAGUUCAAUAAUUUGGUAGCUAAGACACAAUUCGAAAUCCAAACUCUUGGAAAACAUUUGACAGAUUCUGCAGAUCUCAUCUGGUUAAUCCUAUUAGUUCCUGGCACUUGCCACACACGUGAGCUAAGUAGUAACCGCAUAAUGGAAGAUGUAAAAUGCAUGAGAUCAAGGACAACUAUGGACAUGUUUGUAAGAUGAGACUAUUCAUUCCUCCCAAAGAAAAAAAAAGAAAAGAAAAAAAGAACAUGCUCCUAACGGAGUGAAUACGUACAUGUAGGCAGUAAAGAAGAAAUAGCAUAUUCAAAUCAGAAAAUUUUUCCGGAGUUACCACUAAGGAGUGCUUGAAUGGGAAUUGCCAUAUUUGAUAUAAAUUUAAAACUUCCCUAUUUGCAGAUAAGUUAACAUUCCAGCCGCAUUUAAAGUCAAGUAUAUCACGUCCUCUUUACAAAAGCUAAUAUGUAUGCCUUAUAAAUUGAUCAACAUGUGGAAAUACAAUGUUAGCAAGUAGGUAGCAGAUAAGGGGCUGUUUGGUUCAUCUCGAACUAGCCGACGCCGCGCUCCCACACGCCAGAUCCGAUCCGCGCCGCAGCGUCGAUACAUUCGACGUACUCGAG